AUGGACGAAUGGAGUUUGAAGAAACGGCAAGAGGACAAGAUUUGUGCGUUGGGAUUACACAGUCCCGGGGCACAGAAAAUCAAAGCCAUCAACAGCAAACGAGCUGAGCUUCUGCGAGAGCAGAAGGCGUUGGCGAAAGGGUUGAGAAGAUCAGUUGGGGAGGAUAUCAUCGUGCAGCGAAGCAACGUGAAGGCGCAGCAGGUUGCAGUAAAGAAGUCCCGGCAGAUGUUUGGCUCCAUGGACUCCCAUCGAAAACCGAUUCCCAGCGAGGAGACGCCAGAAGGGUUAUCGCAGACCUUGCAGACGGUGUUGCGGGUGUCACAAGAACUGGAAUCACUGCAGAAAGAGGUUCAGCAGCUGGAGAAGGCGGAGAAAGUGGAGCAGCUCAAAGGAGCACAGGUCAAAGUCAAUACUUUGAACGACUGGUUUGGCAGGUAUGGUGAGCCGAAACGCCAGUCACAGCCUGUCGAAAUGGCGCGCUCGUGCGUCAUGAAGCCUCGAAGGCUCCCCUUCUUGGGUACGUCGAAUGCCGUGACCCUGCGCAAGGGCCAUCUCAUCAAGUGA